AUGCAAUACGUAACCUAUGCAUUACUUUCGUUAUCUGAAGAAAAUUCACAGAACUGGAAUGAUUCACCUCUUCAAAGUUUGACAUUUUUGGCUAGCAAACCAGAAAAAUUUUCAACUUGGAAGGAUGAUCCAUUGGAAGAUGUUGCAAAUGCCUACGUUUGGCUGUUGCAUUUCCUCAUCUCAGAGGUCAAAGAAGAUAUCAAAAGUAAAGUCAACAGCGGACUGGAUAAACGACAGGCUCAAUUAGAAGCACAAAGUGAACAAUACAAAAUGAUUACGUAUGCUUACUGCGAACUAACCAUACUAAAUUGUUUUCGGGAAUCUUUACAAACGGCUCCGGAAUUUAUACGAGAAAUUUUGCGCCGACUUGCUGCUAUAUACGCUUACAACUCUGUUGAUAAACACAUUGCGAUGCUUUACAUUGGUGGUUAUUGUGUCGGUGGUCAGUGGGGUAAUACUAUGAAGAAUCGUCUUCGUGAAUCAGAAGCACUGAUUCUUCCUGAUGCUAUUUCAGUAUGUGAUGCGCUUGCUCCACCAGAUUUCCUUUUGAAUUCCAUAUUAGGCUUUAGCGAUGGACAAAUUUACCGGCGUCUUAUACAGUAUUUCAUGCAAUUUUCCCAUGAAAGCAUCAAUUAA